AUCAUCUAUGAGGAGGAGUACCAAGACGAGGUCAUUGAGCACAUGAGGGAGAUGGAGUCCGUCUCUCUCCCCAACCUCGAGUUGAUGAAUGCCCAGCCAGAAUUGCGAUGGUUCAUGAGGCCUUACCUCGUCGACUUCAUCAUCGAAAUUCACCAGACCUUCCGCCUGCGGCCAGAGACCCUCUACCUCACAAUGAACAUUGCUGACCGAUACGUUUCGAAACGAAUCGUCUUCAAGAGGCACUACCAGCUCGUUGGCUCUGCUGCUCUCCUCAUUGCUUCCAAGUACGAAGAUGCCAAGGACCGAGUCCCCACCAUUGCCGACUUGAGCUUGAUGUGUUGCCAAGCCUACGACGAGUCUGCCUUCCUUCAGAUGGAAGGCCACAUCCUUCAGACUCUGUCGUGGCAGCUCGGUCACCCCACUCCCGAGGCUUGGCUACGCAUUCUUUGCAUGCAGUCGCCCGAAGAGUCUACCACUCAAAAUGUGUCUCGUUUCCUCAUGGAGAACACCCUCUUCCACCGCAACUUCAUCGGAGUGCCAUCGUCGCUCAUCGCCUCGGGUGCUCUGAUGCUAGCUCGCUACCUCUGUCGACAGGAGCCCAGGACAUACCUUGCCUCGUCGAGUCUCGAGGACAUCACCUCUAUCGCUCAGAUGAUCGAUACCCACAUUGGACCUCAGCUGGACCAGCUCUCCAUGAUUCUGGUCAAGAAGUAUAGCUACCAGCACUUCUCGGCCGCGUCGACGGUGGUCAAGAACUUCUACUCGGCAGGACAAGCCUCUCAGAGGGUCGCAUCGGCCAAGGCCGUUGACGGCACCUUCAAGCCAGCGCACUCGGUCUUCAUGACGCCGUCGUCGUCAACGGACAGCAUGGACGAGGGCAACGACAGCUCCAUGGAGUCUUCAGGCUGCUCAACACCUUCCUCGAUGGCUUCUACACCAUCAAGGUACCGACGAGCCGCUAACGAUGACGAUGAGGAUGACGACGAGGACAUGCCAGUCACGCCCUUGACUGCUCAAGGAGAUCCAAUGGCUUCUGCCUCGAGCUCGACGUCCAUGUCACCCUCUCGCUCGAGCAAGAGCAACAAGGAGAACCAAUCCCUCCAC